CGCUUUGAUUGAGUGUGUGUUUGUGAUGAGCGGUGAACAGGGACGUUUGGCCACCCUUCUGCCUCUUGGUUUCAGUGCCUGUCUGUGUAGAGAGCGAACGAGUGUACAUUUGAGGAUGUAUAUGCAUUUUUUUUUUCUUCUUCUGAUAUCCAUAAGUACAGUGCUUGUUUCUUAGACUGCAUAAUUAAAAAUGCACAGUAAGUCUGUUGUAGACAUUUACUGAAUGGAAACUUUAGCACUAGGGGUAAUGGAUGUUGUUUUUUUUUUUUUUUUUUUUUAAGAAUUGUUUUCCCCCGAUGCCUUUUUAAUUCCCUGUCUGCCAAUCCGCAGUCCAGUCCUUCCAGACGCUACAGUCAGAAAAGGAAAGGUCGGCUGUUGACUAAGUGGAUUUGAGCCAGAAGCCCGAGUCCUGAUACAGGAGGCUGUUCACAAGUUCAAGGAAUCAUUGAUUGUUCAGUGUUGAGGGAGGCAGAUAAAUGAAUCUCUUAAUUACAAGAAAAUUGCAUCCCUUUCAGGCAGGAUUUAGCUAGAUUUUGAUUCUAGCUUGAUGAGAAAAUAAGAUAGAUAAAAUAAAAGCACAUUUUACUAUAUAUACCAGAGAAUAUUUGUUAAUUUUAAUUAUUAUUUUUUUCUUCUUGGUUUUUGUUCUGUUUCUCUUUCUUUUCUAUAUUUUAUGAUUGGGGCUAAUGUUGUUUUUCUGGGGUGUUGUGGGUGAAUGCAUAUGCAAUCAGUUUUAUUUUUUAAAUAAAUGCGUUUUAUGGUUUAUAUCUUUUAAUUAAAGACGAAAGGAAAUAUUUUGUUGUGUCAUGUGCUGUCAGUUGACAUGUUUCUGCAACACUAACAUGUGGAUCUUGUUUCAUAAUUCCUAUAUUUCAACACUUUACCUUUGGUCUUAACUGUUGCACCUUUCUCUCAUGGAUUGAACAUGUAACUUAGCAAUACUGUUUUGUUUUUUUUUUAAUAAAAGAAUGUUUUUUUUUUGUUUUUUUUUCAGAGUACUGACAGUGAAUUUUUGUGUGGUUCAAAGAGUGUUUUAACACAUUUAAUAUUUGAUUAGAAUUCUUCAUUUUCAGAAUAUCAGUGUAAUGAAGUAAUUGAGAAAUGUAAUGUAUACCUUAUACAGUCUAGCUGCUUACAGAGAAAUAUGUUUGAUGCACAUGGUAUCGUUUUUGAAUUGAUUCAACUUGAUGAGUUAAACUUGUUACAUACUAGUCAAGACAGUGUGAACUUAACAUGCUAGUUGUCAUCUUAAAUUACUUGAAAGUAACUAAACCAGUGGUUUACAAGCUUUUUGUUGAAUAUUGUCCACAGCAGUGUUCCCAUCCCUUUUUACCAAAGCAUUUACAUGAGUUCCAGUUAUUUAUCAUAAUUUCUACCUAAUAUUUUAGUGUGCUUGGCAUAACUAGACAAAAUUUUAUGAAAAUGCCCAGACUUUUAAGAUUUUAUUAAUUAGGCUACACGACCUUUCUAGAUCUAGACAUCACUUUUCUUAAAAUUAGGCUACCUCAUCAUAUGUCCAGGGAUUUUUUUUUUUUUUUUUCAAUACAGAAAGAGAAAAGGAAAAAACAGCUUUGAAGGAGGUGAAUUUAAAAUGAAGCUAAAUUAUGUUGGUUAGUUGUUGUAGCUGAUAAAAACCAUAGUGAGCCCCCCUGCUCAGAACCGCUGAUACAAACCAAGCAAACGAGAACGAAAUCACGAAACUGCUGGUGUUUUAACGAAUCGUUUGAAUGAAUAAUUCAACAAAUCUUUCGAGACGCUCACCCAUAGCGCCAUCUACAGGCGGGGCUACUGAACAAAUCACUGAAUGACACUUUUUGGUGAACUGAUUCAAAAGAUUCACUGAACAAAUCAGUGAAUGACUCUUUUUGGUGAACUGAUUCACUGAACAAAUCAGUGAAUGACUCUUUUUGGUGAACUGAUUCAAAAGAUUCACUGAACAAAUCAGUGAAUGACUCUUUUUGGUGAACUGAUUCAAAAGAUUCGCGUGAAUGAAAGAUGAUGAGUGGAGCUAGAGAGAGUCGCUUGACUUGAGAUGAUUUGUGUUUGUGAUGCAGCGGCUCACGUGUCCUACAGAUCACCUGUGUCUGCGUAUGUAAAAUUAUUUGUGUCUAUAUCGGAUUAUAAUGUGGUGUCGUCUUAGCAAGUUUGAUGAACAACGUGCACUUAGCGUUUGAAAACAAGAGUUUGCAGUAUUAAUACCAGACGAAUCCUCGCGAUAUCGGGCUUAGUUGACUUUAAGAGAUUGAGAGUAUGGUUGAGCUAGCACUUCUUUGCCAUUUAAUGCCAAACAACAUGAAGACGUUGAACUGAGAUCACAGUUACCUGACGUUCAUACACAGUUACUAAAUGUGUUUUAGUCUGAAGUUGCUACCAGCAUGUGGCAGUAUCGGCAUCCAGACUUUGCGGUAUUCCUGCUCGGUGAGCUUCAGAAGCAGCAGCAGCAGGGGAGCAUCUUCUGUGACACACUUCUGCAGACAGACGGUGUCUGUGUCCCAGCUCACAGUUGUGUGUUAGCUGCUCUAAGCCCUGUCCUGUCAAGAGUCUUUUCCACUUCCCCUGCUCCACAGGCAGGGCAGAACAGGCUUCUGAGCCUUGAGGCUGUAGGAUCUCAUGCCUUACUAAAGAUAGUUAAGUUCCUCUACACGGGGGAAAUGGAGAGCAAGAGUCAGAGCGAACAUGAGGAGGUAAUGGCUGCUGCCUUCAGACUUGGACUUAAAAACCUUUUUGAAAAGAAGAGAGUGUACGUGGAAAGAGGAGUUGAGGAUGUUGUGAGACAUUGGAGAGAGAUUGGUGUACAGACAGAAGAUGUGAAUAGCCAGGAAGGUGAAAUCGUUUCUGAGCCAUUAAGGAUACAGGGCAGUACUCUUCCAGUGCAAGCUUGUGGCUUAUUGGAAGCUGAUUUGUCAUCAUUGUCAUUACUUGAUGAAGCUAGUCCGACUACAGCUUUUAAUCGGACCAGUAAUGCCACUAUUCCUUCCCUCGCUGUCAUGACAGAAGCAUCUGUAAUAAAUCAUCAGAAAACAAAGGCUAAGAAGAGGUGGAAAAUGGCAAAGAGAGAAAGCCAGUUAAAAAAAUUAACUCGCCAGCAAAUGAAUGUUUCAGGCAAAAACUUCCAGAAACUUUUAGAGGCAGAUAACAGGCAAAAAAGUGCUACUGCUGAACAAAAGGAGGCCAAAUUGGACCAGCUUAAAGUUCGGAUAAAACUGAGGAGGAGCGGAGCUUGCUGGGAGAGCAACCUUCUCGUUUCUGUCCAAGGUGAGAACGAGAAGAACCCAGAAGAACUGAAAGAGUGUGGACUUCAAACUCAAAGCUGCCCACCUAGUGUACUUCCUGGUCAAAGUCUUGGAAUUCUCACCCCAUCGACGGAUCUGCCUAUUUCACCCUCCUAUUCUUCCACGCAUGCCUCUUCAGAUAAAUGUCUUCAUACUCCACACCACAUUUCUGUCUCCUCCCCUUUGGAAAUACCAACUUUAUCUUCAAGCCCUCCCGAAGCAGAUGAAUCUGAUGAACAUAUUGCAAAGAUGUUGGAUGAUAUGUUGAUGGAUUUAAACAUCCUGCCAUUGAUGCCAAUAGACAGAAGUCUGGAUGAGCAAGAGCAGCUUGGUCCUCUUCAGGAUCCAAAAGGUCAGCAGAGGGCUGCUGCGGCCUCUGCUCAAGGUGCUUGUGUUUAUAUGCAAAGCUGUGAGCCAGAGAUGAGGGGAUCUGAUGUUAGCAAGACAGCAGCACCAGUUGGGUCACCAGGACAAAGAGAUGAAGACCACUCAGGCUUUGUCAAAAUCAGUCAAGAUCCAAUACAUUCGUGACUCAGUCACCUGGACCGGACCACUUGAACAAAGAGAAGAAUCUGGCAGCUGGGGCAAGAAACUCCACCCCCUCACUGGUAGAAGACUUGUUU